GAUUAAAUAAUGACCAUGUCUAUCGGAUAUCGAACAUUGUCGCAGCACCUCAAUGAUCUGAAAAAAGAAAAUUUCAGCCUCAAAUUGAGGAUCUACUUUCUGGAAGAACGAAUCCAGCACAAGUAUGAAGACGGCAACAACGAUGUCUACAAAAGUAAUAUUGAGCUCAAGGUGGAGGUUGAAAGCCUCAAACAGGAACUUUCGGAGAAGCAGCAGCUCCUAGAGAAAGUCUGGGCUGACUGUGGAAAUCUGAAAAGCUGCAAUGAUCCCAAAUUACACCAAGACUACAAGCAGAGGGAAGAGGAAGCGAACCAUGGCCGAGAACUUCUGGAAAAAAAGAUUUUAUUUCUGCAGGAGGAAGUCAGGCUCGCAAUGGACAAAGCGGAUGAAAUGGGCGCGUUCGCUAAAACCGAAAAUGAAAAUUGCCUCAAGCUAAAGAAAACUAUUGAGGGAUUUACGGCAGACAUGACAGAAGCAAGGCUACUGCAGAAGAACUACUGUACCAUAUUAUCUGAAAAGGACAGGAUGAUCCAACAGAUGACUCACUUACUGGAUAACAAGGACUCGAUCAUCAACCAGUUAACACAGAAGAAUCAAAAUCUCAUAAACCAUCAAUUCAGAGACUUGGAAAAGUCCAUACAAGAGCUCAGAGAAGCUUUACGACAAAAAGAAAACGAAAAUCAGAGCUCAGAUCCAAUGUUGGACCUAAAGAUGAAAGAUGUGUGCAGGAUUUGUAGGAGAGAGCUUUGCGGAAAUCAGCGACGAUGGAUUUUUCACACAACUGCUAAACUCAAUCUUCAAGUGAUCUUAUCCCAUGUUCUGGGUAAGGAGAUCUUACGUGAUGGCCAUGCCGAAUUUGUAUGCAGUAAGUGUGCAUUCAUGCUCGAACGUUUCUAUCGUUUCGAUACGGUGAUCGCGCGCAUUGAAGCCCUCUCAAUAGAGCGAUUACAGAAGCUUCUUUCCGAGAAGGAUAGACUUAAACAUUGCCUAGCUAGCCUCUACCGAAAAAACAACAACGAAGACGGUCAGGAAGCCAAAUCUGGAGAGGGUACUGUGGAGACAGCAAACCUUUCAGAAGUGCAGUACUCUUACUCAGCUCUCCUUCAGGAAGACUUUACCUAUUCUGGAUUUGAAUGCUGGACUGAAUUGGAGGAACCGAGCCAAGAACUUCAUCAUUGUCCACACACUGAGGGUACAGGUGCGGUUCCGAGAAAAUGUCAUGGAUGUUCUUCUCUGAGGGUCGCUGAUUCUGACUAUGAAGCCGUCUGCAAAGUACCAAGGAGGUUAACCCAAAACAUCUCUUCUGGUCAGGUAUCCACAUGCACAAGUGCGUUCAAUGAACCGGUAACAAUUCCUCAAAUUUCAGAAAAUUCAGAGGCUGCGAAUGAUAAAGUUGUGUCAGACGGAGACGGUUUGGAGAGAUUGUCUUCUGAACAUUCUGCGGAUUCACUUGAUACCAAGGAUCCUGGGUCAAACUUACAAAGAUCUGAGGACAAAGUAAAAUCCACCUCCGAACAUCUAAAGUGUCAUUGCUCCUCGUGCAGCUAUGGUGGUAGCUCCUCUGGAUACGUAAGAAAAUUAGAUCUUACCCUUAGUCUUGCUAAAAUGUUCUACUACAAACCAGUCCAUAGUCCAAGAGGAAGUAAAAUACCUGUAAAAAGCAAUUCAGUCCCAAAAUUGAGUAGCCCCCUCAAUAGUGCCCAGUCGAGCACAUUAAACACUGGUCUUGGUUUCCUGGACAGCAUCAUGGAAUCUCCUCCAAAAACUUCUCAAGAUUUUAUUGCUGAAAUUUCUGAUCUUCAAGAACUCUGGCACAAUGUCUAUGAAGAUUACAUUCCAAUUGACAUGCAGAAUUUGGUUGAAAAAAAAAGCCAGGAUGCAAUGCAGUAUGAAAACUUGCUGGCUCAGCAGGCCUCCGAGCUGCAGAAAGCACAGAUGGAGGCUCAAGCACUUCAAGAAAAGCUGCAGGAGUCUAAGGAUGUUAUCAAGACACUACAGGACUCCCAGCAACAGCUGACAAAUAAGCUGAACGGCGCCCAAGAACUAACGCACAAUCAAGAAGGUCUACUGCAAAGCUUAAGGGACACUCUUCAGAGCAGAGACCAUGAGGUUAUGGAGCUAUACCAGAUAAUAGAUGAGCACAAUGCCACUAUUGCUAAACUACAGGAUAUGCUACUGAAAUGUCAAAACGAACAACUGCAAAGUUUUCAGGUAAUGCCGACACAGCUGCAGUUUUUGGAGCUGCAGAACACGUUGUUCUCUACCCAGAUGGAACUUCAGAAAAAGCAAAUGGCUCUCCGACAAAAGGAACGGCAGCUGACCGAUGUGAAGAGAUCGCAGAGGUUGCUGCAGGUUGACUUAUUAGAAGGACAACAACAAAAAGAAACAACGUGGAAACACAACCAGGAGUUGCACGGAGCACUACAUAAUCUUCAGAGAGAACUGCAGGAGAAGAGUCAGCAUCUUCAGAACCUGGAAGAAGAGAAAUGUACUAAGCUGGUCGCUCAGGAGCAGAACAUCGAGAGGUUAAAGCAAACCGUAUCGCAGAAAGAGCAAAUACUGCAAGAGUAUAUGGACGUCCUGCAUUAUCAACAGGGUUUAGAAAAAGUCCCCGGAGGUAACGAACAUAUGAUGGAAAAACUACGGCAAAGAAUCAGAGAGCGAGAUGCUGCCCUAGAGAAAGCCGUGGACGAGAAAUUUUGUGCGGUAGAAGAGAAAGAGAAGGAGGUGCAGCGCCUAAAGAUCGUAAUCCGGGAGAGAGAACACGACUUGGAGAGGCUGAGUAAUGUUCUUUCUGGGAAUGAGGAGACCAUAAACAGUUUGGACAAUCUGGUGAAGGCCAAAGACAUGGAGCUGGAACAGAUAUCCGCCGCGUACAAGAACCUUCAGUGGUUAAAACAGGAAACCGAGGAAAAGUACAGAUGCUCCCUGAGCGAGAGAGAAUCCAUCAUACUGCAGCUGCAGAAAAACCUGCAAGAAAGGAACAAAGAAAUCGAGGAGAUCAGGACUUGUUUCCUUGGGAAGUCGGAUAUUUGUAGCGGUGAUAUCAUUGAAGAACUUAAGAUGUGUCUUCAGAGGAAAGAGAAGAUGCUGCAAGACGCCGUCUUUGCUAGAAACCAACAGGCUGAAGAGCACAUGAGGGAGGUCAUGGAUCUCCUAGCAAUGAUCUCUUCAGAAAAGAUGGAUCCGACGUCGGUCUGUCAGAACUGCUUAGCGAAAGAACAAAACACCGGCGUCAAUCAAUCUGUCGAAAACUUUAUUCAUCUCCAGAAACUUGUGCAAGAAAAAGAGAAAAUAAUCCAGGCCUUUACUCAAAGCUACUCGGUUCAGCCCAUGCCCAUCAGCAUGACCUCUGCAGAUCCGGAUGCCAAGGAUGAAGGAACUGAAAAUGGCGAAACCCUAAAGAGUGAUCUCGCUAAAGCCAGAGAAGAUCUGAGACUUGUUCUGAGGAAGAUGAGAGAAUAUCAGCUGGAAGUUUCUGCUCUACAAUCCAUUAUUAUGAAACAGAACGAGCAGCUGCGUGAACAAGCCGCAGACAUGGAUACCCUCAGCAGGAACAUUCAGAUAAAAGAAGAGUUAAUAAAGGAUCUGCAAGUCAAGCUGGUCGAUCCAGAAGACAUACCCACGGUGGAGCUGUUAACCCAGCAGAUCUUCACUUUAAAGGAGAACAUAGCGUCAUUGAAUUUGGCUAGCCAGGGCCAUAUUAGACAUACUCAAAAGAUAUUUAAGUUACUCGAAGAACUUGCUGCCAAUAAGAGCAGACUGAACGAGGCGCUGCAAGUGGAGAAACAGCUGUAUAGUUGCUUAGUGCAAUUCCGUACAGAGGCUGAAAGUUUCAGUUCCAGUUCAGCCCUUCACAAUGAGCUGUUAGCCGCACAGGCCCUUAGGGGCCAACUAGAAGACACCCUGAUGAGAACAAUGGAGCAACUAGUCGCCCUACAGUCUGAGACCAAGGUUCCAGCAUGUUUUGGAGGUGCGGAAAAAGAGUGUUUGACUUUUCCUCACAAGCAUGCCAUAACCUUCCGAUAUUCAUUCGUAGGUACGCCUGACAUUAACAACAGUGCUGAAAAGAAACCAAAUCCAUUGACAGAACCUAAAAGAAAUGGAAGUGAUGAAAAGAUGAAGGAAGAUGUGCAGAAGUUAAAGAAUGAGCUUCAGGAUUUGAUCAGAAAAAAGAACAGGGUAGAAGAAGAGCUGCGUGUUCACAAGUGUGAGCUUGAAGGUGCUGUCAACUUCUCAACACCUGACAUGAGACAUGUGAAAUCUGAUCACAAGGAGUUCAAUUUCAGUACAGAAAAAGCAAGUUUAACAAUGGAACAGUACAUGGGUAAAAUAGAGAUGGAAGAAGGAACAGAUAUGGCAAAAGAGAUAAGAAAACGAAAAGCACAAAUAAAUUUGGACGAGAACGAUUUCAACUUUGUGAGACGCUUGGAGAGAAAUAGCACAGUGAACUGGAACCCAUUCACCAACAACGCCAAGGAAAAUAGGUAUAAAGAGACGGAAACACAGCCGGUGAUCUCAGGUCCGGCAAGAGAAAUAUCUCUAAAGAGAAGUUUGAGUGCAAUGAGUCCAGCCAAUGAAGGAUUGUGUCAGAUUCCUACGAAGACGGCACCUGGGAGAUAUUAUUCACUGGAUGACAAUCGUCCAUCAGCUAAUUGUCUAUCGGUACAGAACAGUAUGGUGAAGUGGCCACAACAAGUGCGAAUGGAGACCCCAAACACUCAGCGUCAAAACUCAUCACAUUCUGUGAAUGAAAAACAAAGUGGAUCCCAAUUAGAUGGACCACUUAUAAAGCGUGAUACCAGUGAAGUUCACAUGGACUUUCAGGAUCUUGGCUAUGAAACCUGUGGAAAGAGUGAAAAUGAAAUAGAUCGAGAAGAAACAACCAGUCCAGAAUGUGAAGAGGAUGAUGACAUGUUUAUUGAAGUCAACCCAAUGGCGGAGAACAAUUCUAACUAUCAAUACUGGUCUCCUAUGACACCCUCCACAAACGAAGUCUUUUGGCAAACUGACCACAAACCAGAUGCCGAUGUACUAGAGCAGCAUGUGAAGAAGCUGAAGGACCAGCUCCGGACAUCUCAGAAGAUGAUGCCACAUCUGGAAAGCCAGAGUAGCCCAUCCUCCAAAUCUCACAGCAGCACAGAGGAAGACGAGGGCUGGCAGUCCGAUACCACCAGGCAUCACUCAUGUACAUUUAUCGAGCAAUUAGCCAAAAGAGUAUCCAGACUGGAAUCUUAUGUAUACCAUCUGGGAAAAGAUGCCGGAACUCAGUGCCACCUAAAACCAGCUACUAGUGCUGGGAAAUACGACUGGUUGAUUCAGGAGCAGGCCCGAGAGCUAUCCCUACUGAGACAGAAGGUGAGAGAAGGACAAAGUGUGUGUCAUGUUCUCGCCCAACAUCUAGAAGAAACCAUCAAAUCUUUUGAAGAGAUGCUUCGAGCCAAUGACAUCGACUAUUUCAUGGGGCAAAGUUUCAGAGAACAUCUAUCUGAAGGAAGUCAACUGGCAAAGAAACUGAACAGUAAACUCAACAGCAAGGGAUUUUCAAAGGUGAAUAAAAAUCAGAAAGAUGAAUCACUGGCAAACAGCAGCCAUGGUUCCUUAGAGUCCAUCUUGUUUGAUGAUCAGCUUUCUACCAACGAUGAACUAGACGGCUGUUCGGAGCUGUCUGUAACAAGUGACUGCUCCUGCUAUGAACAAGACAGCACCCACGACUCAGACUUGUGCUGCAAUUCUGUAUUCUCAAACAAUGCUCCACCUAUGGAUACAGACCACACAAAUGGACUUUAUAUACUUUGUCACGCUGAUGACUUUAAUGCAUUAAAGAAGAAUAUAUUGGAUGGGAAGACACUGUUACACAACAUUGGGACACGUCUACCUUUCCUGGAAGGACAUGGAGGCAAGGUGAUGGAUUGUGCAAAUGUCAACAAGUUGUUACCUGCUCUUAAGACCCUGGAUACUAUUUUGGAGGAAUCAAUUUCUAUCCUGGGCUUGUUCUGGAGUGUGACCCAACAUUCUCAACAAGUUAACAAACAGCAGAAAAAAGAGGAACAGAUGAUGAAAGAUGAGAUCUGCUCCCUGAAAAAGAAGAUAAAAGAACAGGAAUUAAUGUUACAGAAAGCAUCGGCCCACGUGAGGCAUGUAAACCUUGCCAAGGAAGGCAUGGAAAAGCUUAUCAUGAAACAACUGACAUCUACCUGUGGCAUAUUGAAGAAAGCAAGAUCAAAUAUACUGGUCAAACGAAGCAACAAUGUGCUACGCCCAUCUUUUCAGCUGACAGCCUAAAAAAGAUAAAGAAUGAAGACAAUCGAGAAUAUCUGGAUGACUUCUAUUACAUAGGAAACUGUAAAAUAGUUAUGAAGAAUUACAGAGUUAAAGUUAUUUUUUUUAUGCACUGAAUUGUAAACAAUAAAAAACAUUAAAA